CAGUCCAUUUCUUCCUCAGCUCUUUCAAUUUUUGUCCAUUCAUCUUCUGUUUGAUUCUUCAAAACAGUUCUUAAAUUCUCUUCCUUCUUCUGUUUUGCUGAUUUUCUCUCGUUCUUACCUUCUUGUUUUUUGGGUUUUGUGUGCUUGAUUUCGAGGGUUUUGCGAGGGAGGUGAUUGUUUUUUUUGUUGAUUUCUUUGAGUGGUGUUUGAAGAUGACGACCAUGGAGAGUUUGAUUGGGCUGGUGAAUCGGAUCCAGAGAGCUUGUACUAUGCUCGGUGACUAUGGCGGUGGUGAUAACGCCUUUUCUUCUCUCUGGGAAGCCCUUCCCUCUGUUGCUGUUGUCGGUGGACAGAGUUCUGGAAAAUCUUCGGUUCUGGAAAGUAUCGUUGGUCGCGAUUUUCUUCCGAGAGGUUCAGGGAUAGUAACGCGGCGGCCAUUAGUAUUGCAGCUUCACAAGACAGAGGAGGGGUCGCAAGAGUAUGCUGAGUUUCUUCACCUUCCCAAGAGGAGAUUUACGGACUUUGCUGCGGUCCGUAAAGAAAUUCAGGACGAGACCGACAGAGUAACUGGGAGGACAAAACAGAUAUCCCCAGUUCCUAUCCAUCUUAGCAUUUACUCACCAAAUGGUAUCUCCUUUUUGCCCAACCAAUGCCCUGAUUCAGUUCUAAUUCAUGAGACUAAAAGAGCAGAUUUUGGUACUCUUUUCAUCGAGUCCCUUCAGAGAUUGAGGGACUCUGUCACAAGGUAA